GGGAGGGGGGAGCUGCUGACACAAAGGAGCACAAGGGGCCGAGCCACAUGCACAAUGUAUGAGACACCAGAGAGGAGGGAGCAGCCGACUCCGAGCUGAGCAGCUGCACUUCUGCGUGAGGAUUUUUGAGGAUUUCCAUCACAUCACAGGGCAAGAUUACUUCUCCGGGUCGUGGGACAAUAAAUUCCACUGCAUCGGAGUCAGCUGACGGAGGAGGGGGGGAGAGAGGAAACAGAGUAAGAGAGAUGAGGAGGUAGAAGAGGAGGGAGGCUCUUGAAGCAGCAGGAAGGGGGCCGGGCCUCUCUGACAAUGCUUCUCACCAAUAAGGACUUUCGUAAUGCUAACUUUGACCUGUGGACUCUCUGCUCUGGGUGCAGCAGCGUGUAGCAGGAGGACUCAGAGCCAGAGUGCAGGCUGACGGGGCUCUGAGUCGGUCGCCAGCACAGGAGCUGACAUGCAGAAUGUACCGGAGGAGGAGGAGGGGAGCAGGAGGAGGACGGGGGAGACGGUGGUAGGCGGGAAAGGAGACCCGGAGGUGAGGAAGGACGGAGGAGAGCAGGAGGAGAAGGAGUCUCUGAUGAUGGAGCUGACCAGGCUGGUGCAGAAGAUGGUGAAGGAGAGCAGCUGGUGGGAGAGGAGAGGAGUCGACUGCAGCAUCCUGGCAGCUGCCUUCCUCUGCCUGCCGCCCGCCUUCCUGCUGCUGAGCUCCUCUCGGCUGCUGGUCUUCUCGGCCGGCGUGCUGCUGAUGGGCUUGGCCCACGCCGUCAUCACCAUCAAGGGGACACAUCUGGCGAGCCACGGGUCUCUGAGCGAGUCUCAGGCCUGGGGGAAGGUCUGGGCCGUCUUCUUUAUCGAGAUCUGCGGCUCCUUCUCGGCACGUGCCGGCGUCCACGGCCACAUUAAGAUGCAUCACGCCCACACUAACGUCAUCGGUCUGGGGGACUCCAGCGUGUGGAAGGUUCCCUGCCUGCCCCGAACCGUUUACCUGUUCAUCGCGCCACUGGCCGUGCCCAUCAUCACGCCGCUCGUUGCUCUCGCUCACCUCAGAGGCCACUCUGCUGCCGUGGUGCUGAGGACCAUGCUGAUGGUCUCUCUGGGCCUCUACUCCCAGUACUGGCUGCUGGUCCACGUGUCCGGCUUCCAGUCGCCCCUCAGCACUCUGCUCUGCAUGCUGGUGUGCAGAGCCAUGUUCUCCAUGCCGUACAUCCACGUCAACAUCUUCCAGCACAUCGGCCUGGACAUGUUCUCUCCGACCCGCCGGCCGAAGAGGAUCUACCAGAUGACCCACGGAGUCCUGAACCUGCCCAGGAACCCGCUGCUGGACUGGGUGUUCGGACACUCGCUCAUCAACUGCCACGUGGAGCACCACCUGUUCCCCUUCCUGUCCGACAACAUGUGUCUCAAGGUGAAGCCUGUGGUGUCCAGGUAUCUGACGGAGAAGAAGCUGCCGUACCAACAGGACAGCUACCGCUCCAGGCUCCGCCUCUUCUUCCACAGAUACCAGGAGCUGAUGGUGUUCGCCCCGCCCAUCACCGAGCUGGUGGGGGUGCAGUGAUCACCAGCUGGUGGGACUAAAGACACUAAAGAGUUUCAUCCAUAACACACUGAUACAGAGUCAUAUAUAGUCGGGAAAAAAUAUUAAACCAUUGUUUUCUCUAGUUUCUUGUUCAUUUUAUUGCCUGCUACAACUAAA